AUGCGGGCCCCGUGGCUCGUCUUCAUGUGGCCGCUGGUCGGCCUGGCCAUCUGGAACCCGAACCGACUCCCGCCGUCGCUGCGGGAGCGCACGGUGGCGCCUCCCCCGGCGCAGGUCGGCCCCGAAGCGGCAAGGGCCGUGUCCAAGCGCGCGGAGCCGCGGUUCCUGACUGACAACACGAGAAAAUUCGCCGUCAACGGCACCGGCAUCCCCAACGUCGACUUUGACGUCGGCGAGUCCUACGCCGGGCAGCUCCCCGUCGGGAGCGCCAACCCGGGUGCCUCGCUGUUUUUCUGGUUCUUCCCGUCGACGAACCCCAGAGCGGACAGGGAGAUUUUGAUAUGGCUGACUGGUGGCCCGGGCUGCUCCUCGACGGGCGAGCUCGUGCAGGAGAACGGGCCGUUCCUGUGGCAGCCAGGCACGUUCGCGCCGGUACGCAACCGCUGGAGCUGGCACCGGCUCACAAACGUGGUGUGGAUCGACCAGCCCGUGGGCGCGGGCUUCUCGCGCGGCAACGUGACGGCGCGGGACGAAGGGGACGUGGCGCGGCAGCUCAUGGGCUUCUGGCGCGGCUUCGUCGACGCCUUCCGCCUCGAGGGCUAUAGGGUCUACGUCACGGGCAGCUCCUACUCGGGCAUCUACUGCCCCUACGUCGCUGGCGCCAUGCUGGACGAGCGGGACCGGCUCAACGCCAACAACAACAACAACAACGCGAGCGGUGGGGGUGUUGGUGCGUCGUCGCCUGGGGAGCGGUACUUUGACGUGCGCGGCAUGAUGGUUUUCGACGGCUUGUUCUCGACCUUUCGCACGGCCGGCGACGCCGUGACGGCCUCGUUCGUCGACAUGUGGGCGCGCGUCUUUGCCUUCAACGACACGUUCCGCCGCGGCCUGGCCGACGCCUCGGACCGGUGCGGCUACACCGCCUACGUGAACAAGUACCUCGUCUUCCCCGCGGCCGGCCGCCAGCCCUCGCAACCGCCGGGAGCAGCCGCCGCCAACGACGGGUCGUGCGACCUGCAGGGGCUGGCCUUUGCGGCCGCGGGCGAGGCGAACCCGUGCUUCAGCGUCUACGGCGUACGCGAGGGCUGCCCGCGCAGGUGGGACCCGCUCGGGUUCGCGGCCAACACCAACGCGGCGCCGCCGCGGCAGUUUGCCGGCGGGCGCGGGCGGGCGUGGCUGGACCUGCCCGAGGUGAAGCGGGCGAUCCACGCGCCCGACGACGGGACCGCGUGGGCGUUUUGCGGCGAGCGGCCCGUGCGGCGCCGCGGCGGCCCAUGUUUGUGCCGUACCUAG